UUUCGCCAGAUUCAACAAACGCAGAAAAAACAAGGGAGAAGAAAACGAAGAGGGAGAAGAGGGACGAAAAUGUUUCAACCUAGAGCAGAAGGAAGAGUUUGUGGGAUACCGCCCAACGCUUACCGCUACAACCCUAUUCCGCGCAACAAAGCAAUCGGGGCCGUUCGCGAUGCCCUGGAGAAAUUACAAAUGGUCAGACCCGCCGAUCGACCAAGAUUCUUGACUUUCGAUGAGGAGCAAAAGUUGAAGACAAAGUGGCGCGAGUGCAAGACCAUGAAACAGUUUGUUCGUCUGGCCAAAGUGCGUCCCUGGACAGCAUGGUCCCUUCAGCUCCAUUUUGGCGAAGUUGAGGACUCUGGCGAGAAACUCGAGGAUUUUAUCAGAGACGCUGCAGCUUCAUGUGUACAGGCUGUGAGGCGAAUUCUACAGAAGGAGGAAGUUUCGAUUGGCAUUCACUGGGCAAGCCACUACUCUGUGCUCUCUGACUCGCAAGUGGAUGAGUUGGUCUUUCUCUACGUGGAGCUGACCAAGGUUGCCGACACUCCAUUCUCUGUUCCUGACCCAGCGUGGUGCAAUGAAUAUUGGUUGGUCCUUAGGCGCAUCUCGCCGCAGUCGAAGCAGCGAGUGCAGGCGAUUGUUCCUCCUGGAUAUCGCGGACGGCUGGAUGCGUGGGUGGAUCAAUAGUCCAUUUAUCAAGAUGAUCUUUGCUAUCAAACUUAUGUUGAAAUAUGAAAUGUAGCUUCAAGUCUCGAAAUGAAAUUCUGCUUUCUGAUGUUAGCUCGAGUGGCGUCUAUCAACAAACACGGAUGUGUGCUCGUUUAUAAUUCCAUUCACUGCCCCCCCCCAAACACCCAAAAUAACACACAGUGCCGAUUGAGCCCAUCGCCUCGAAUUACAAAGUUUCUGCUACCCACCACCACCCUCACUUCUCCCACCCAUCGCUUUCCAUUUCAUCGCCUCUGUUGUUCUACCUCGUCUCU